CAAAUUUCUCUAUGGGUCUACAGUAGGUAUUUCCAGUUUACCAAUGGAAUUUGCUAAUAGAUUGCCGACUGGUCGGCACUGUAUACACUUCCUCAAAUUAUUAUUAUUAUUUAUUAUCAGAAAGCUGAAAACAUUGAAAUAUUCUAUUCAUCUGAACUUGAAUUUUGAUUCCUAAACUCGAACCGCAUCAAUAAUUAGGCAUUGUGAGAACAAGUAAAAAUGUCGAUCCCAGUAAAUUCAUUGGAUGAUGCAGUGGAAGUAGCUAAGAAAGCUGUUAAGUUUGAUGAAGAAGGAGAAACAAAUAUAGCCGCAUAUUAUUAUGAAGCUGCAGCAAGUCUUCUGGAACAGUUAGCUCCAGUCUCUGAUUCUGAGAAAGCUGAACCCAUGAUGGCAAGUGCUAAACAAUAUAAAUUGAGAGCUAAUGACUUGAGAAUGAAAACACCCAAUGAGGGGAGAAUUAAAGGAGAUAUGAAUAAUAUGAUGGCAAAACGGUGCUACUUUUUACUUCAACAGGCAAUUGAGGAAGACGAACAUGGAGACAAACAAGAUGCUAUUGAGCUGUAUGCGAAAGCAGUGGAAUAUAUCACCCAAUUUCCAGAUUUGAUUCAAGGAGAUCUCAAAUCAUUAACCCUCCAAGCACUAGAUAGAGCUGAAGAUCUGAAAGGUAUAAAAAAACAUCAACCUACAAGGUCUUCACAGCCUCUACAUUCAUCAACUGCUAAUAGUUCAUUACAUGAGAAGUCUACAUCUUCUGCAAAACCUGUACCCAAACCAAAACAAGCUUUUCACAGAGCAUCCAAUGUCAACUUGCAAGGGGCUGGAAAUGACACCUACAGUGAUGAAGAGAAGGAAGUACUCUUAUUUACAUCUCAUAUUAAUAAAAGGGACUAUGUUCCCUUCAUGAGUAUUGACUUGUUAGAAAAAUUUCAAUAUUCUAUGCCAUUUAGUGAUCAAGCUGGAUUCCUCACCCUAGCCCCUAAACAAAAGAGAGAUUUCUACAAGUUUGUUAGACCAGAAGAAUUGUGCAGUGAUCCCUGUAUUGUAUUUGGCUCAGUUCCCAAUUACCUGAACAUCAAACAAACUGUUAUUUCAGACUGCUCUUUUGUGGCUAGUCUAGCAGUCAGUGCUUCUUAUGAAAAGUCUUUUGGCAAAAAACUAGUCACUGCCAUAAUUUUUCCCCAGUCCAAAGAUAAACAGCCUUUGUAUAAUCCAUUUGGCAAAUACAUGGUCAAAUUACAUAUAAAUGGAAUAGCAAGAAAAGUCAUCAUUGAUGAUAGUUUGCCUAUUGAUAAGUUUGGUAGAUUGUUAUGUUCCUAUUCAAGCAAUAAAAAUGAGUUUUGGAUAUCCCUCUUGGAAAAAGCAUAUAUGAAGGUUAUGGGAGGAUAUGACUUUCCUGGAAGUAACAGUGUGUACCCUUAUUUGAUGUCCUGCAAUAAUAACUUGAAUGAAUAG